AUGAGCCACGAGUGGUCGGACGCCCUCGAGUGGAGAGGCAACAACAGCCUGGAAAGCGGAAGAGAAGAAGAAGAAGAAGAAGGUAAAAAAAAAAAAGCAAGUUGCUAUGAACUCAUAAAUGAUAAAAUUUUCGUAUACAGGUGUAACGCCUGCCUGCUGGUAUUCACCUGCGUGCAUUCCUUUUCAAAUCACGUGGUGAGUGAAAACCACCAAAUAAAACAGCUGAAUUCUUUGAAGAGGGGAAAAACUUUUGGCUGCCUGAGGUGUAAGUACGUCUGUCUGAGCGUUGCCAAGAUUAUAAGUCAUAUAGAGACGUUCAAUCAUGGCCACAACAUUUUGAGGAAAAUCAAAAGGAAUAUGGUUUACAACGGAAUUGCCUUCUGCUCAUGUAGAGUCAAAUGCUACACGUUUUACUCCCAAAAUAAAUACUGCCUCACGACUGGGGAUCCCCUCCUGGCCGAGCAUGAAGGCGUCCCGAAUUUGCAACCGACCGGUGAAGCAGUCCCUAAUUUGCAACCGACCGGUGAGGGUGGCGAAGGUGGCAUGCGUCCUUACGACCAGAGUGACUCUCACCAUGGUGGAGAUGUGCAGUUCCUGCCGGAGGGGGGGUGGACACCUAAGGGGGGCAGCUCCCUCAGGAGGAAGACGCUGGGCUUUAUCCUCAGCACCACGGGCGGGGCGGCCUCUAACGCGGCACCUAACGACGCAGAUGGGGCAGCCUCUAAGGAGACGGACAGCGCAACCUCUAACGCGGCACCUAACGACGCAGAUGGGGCAGCCUCUAAGGAGACGGACAGCGCAACCUCCAACGCGGCGCCCAUGCCCUGCAACCAAGUGGGCGAGCAGGCGGAGCUGAGCCCCAUCUGCACGGACCUGAAGAAAAUAAACGACUUCAACGCAGUCCUGCUGAAUUUGGAGAAGCAGGAAAAGCAGGAGAAGCAAAGGGGGCGAAACAUGCAGGGCGCGGCGAACCAACAAAACGGCUGCACCACGGAUGAAAGCAGAAACUUACUCUUGCACAUCUACGAAAAUAAUUACCACUUAGACCAAAUGAGCAGGAGGGAUUCUUCCCACCAGGACGCUCAUCAAAAUGAGAAAAAAUGUGAUGCUUUGGACGAAACGGAAGGCCAGUUGUUUUCCCCCCCUGUUGGCUUAAAUGGCGAUAACGCCUUUGCUGAGAGGGAGAAUGACCCCCUCAGUGGCUACCGCUUUAACCCCCUCAGUAGCUACCGCUUUAACCCCUUCGAGCAAGGCGACUUCAGCUUGUUCCCCCGGGAAGAUAACACCCGUGUAGGGACACCCGGAGGGGAAGCCCCUUUUUUCACACACCAAGGGGAUCAUCCCCAAAGUGGGGCCAACAAUCCAGACAGAAAAGAUACAAUCAGGACGAGCACAACCUACAGCACUUUGCAUGAAGAAGGCCCCUCCCACAUCAACGGGGGUAGAAGCACGAGGAACAAGUCUUCACAAAAUAGGCCACCCAAUUAUGAACCCAUUUUUAAGGACCACCACAAAUGGGAUCAAUUUCUCAGCUCAGAAGUGGCCAAUAAAAUUGACCAAAAUUUGGAGGGCGAAAUGGACGAAGUGAAGAAUUCCUUUCUACGCUCCAUCCAGAACAGCGCAAAAAAGCUAGCUGCGUUAGACGCCCUAUAUCUGGAUGAGCAGAUGAAGGGAGCAUCCCUUUUUUGCACUGACCCCCCUACUGCGUGUAGAAGCGGUGGAGAGAGACACACAAAUGUCGGCGAUGAGAUAGGCACUAAUAGGGAGGGAACACCCAGCGGAAUGCCUCAUCCGGAUGAACAACAAAUGGGUGGCUUCCUCAACGAGGAUAAGUUCUCCCCCUCGGAAGAAGAUUUAAAAAAAUACUUUUGCAAAAAUUUGCUCUCACACAUAUUUGAUUAUCAGCCGAGCAGCGUGGUUCCCACCAUGGGGGGGUCUCAAAGGGUUGAUUCUGGGGAGCCCUUCAGCGGAAAAGUGGCCAAAGCGGUAGGUAAUACACACUGGGAUGUGGUGACUGCCAAUAAUGCGCAUAAUAUGGCCGAGCGGGAGACACCGAAUAGAGGCCCCUUCACCGAUAUGGAGUACCUCCCCAGGGAGGGAGCAGCCGAUGCAGCUCAGUACCAAACUCGACGGAUCGACAGCAGUGGUUCGUUUUUGUCCCCUAAAUAUUGGCAAUCUCAAAUGGAUGAAAUGAAUAGGGGCGAUUACAAUCACAUGGGUGGAAAGGAUAACAGGGAGGUUUCCGGGUCGUUAGUCGGAGCAACCAACCAGCUGGGUUACACGAAGCACACCGUUGGGAGAGAUAAACAGCGUGGAGACCCCCACGAUGCAAGUCUUUUUCCCCCAAUCGGUAAUGCAUUAACAUAUAUGAAGAAAAAAAGAAGUGAUAAUGCCACUGAGGAAAGAGAAAAAAAACACCAAUUGGAUUUGCUAAAUUAUUAUCGUGUGCAGGGAGGGAGAUCCCCUUAUGCACAUGGUGACGUCCAAAAUGGGGAAGGUGGCAGAUGUUACCCCCAACUGAAUAAGGCCUCCCAGCAUUCCAAUCAGCCAUAUGAAGAUCUCACUCCCUAUCGCAAAUGCUUCGGUGGGUGGGUAGCAGAAGAAAAAAAUUGCAAAGGAGAGAACCCUCUUAGCAGGCAUGCCGGGCCCGUUAGUUUUACUGCCAAUGCGGGGGUAGCAGUGGCAAAGGGGAUGCACCAGUUGGGCGCCCCCUCCCCCAGCGGGGCCAACUUCAACGAGAGACGUCUAAGCCAGCCAAGCAGACGCACCUCAGUGAGCAACCCAACUGACAACGCAGCUUCCCCCACGCAGGAGCAGAUUCUCAACAGCAUUUUCGAAGACCCCUGCGAUGAUAAAAAGAUCUGCAGGACGCCCAGCGAGACGGACGCUCUAAAUAAGAAAAGGCAAUCCUUCAUCGACGAAAUUGGUGAAAUUAAAAAAUCGAUCGAAAGGGAAAAGGAAAAGGAAAAGGGAAACGAAAAGGAAAAUAAUAGACCGCCCACUUUGACGCACAUGGAUCCUCCGUAUGGACAGAGAAUGACUCCUGCCAUCCCUUUGCACAGCGAGAGGAGCGAUUUUUUCAAAAGCGGGGUGCUGAAGAAGCCGAGUUUUUACCUUGGCAGUCGCAACAACGAUGGUAGGGGUGCCUACCCGGAUUUCAAGUCCAUUCGGGCGAAUGACCCCCGUGGGGCGGGCGCCCAUUCGGGGAUCCCCACUGAGGGAGGCAACUUCGGGAGCGGCCACAUUCAGGGCGGCCACAUUCAGGGCGGCCACAUUCAGGGCGGCCACGUUCAGAGCGGUCACUUCCAGAACGGGUACUUCCAGAGCAGCCACUUAGACAGUCACUUGGACAGCCGCUUAGAUAACCGCCGAGACCACUUCAGUCGCACUCACCAGGAAAGGAAGAAAUCCGCGGAUGGCGAAUACGACCAACGUUUCAGCUCGAACCUGUCCAAAUGGCAGAGAAGAAGAUGA